UCCCUGAGGAGACAGAAGCGGCGUUCGCGGCCGCCUGGCCCCACCGGCCCCAGCAUGAGCGAGCCAGCCUCGGGCUGCUGAGGCGCGGAGACGCGGAAGCGGCGGCCGGCUGCUCCCGGCUCCCCGCGCUCCCGGGCGCGUUCGGUCGGCGGGGCGGCGGCUGCGGGAUGGAGCCCACGACCGCGCCCCAUCCCGACAUGGCGCCGGAGCUGACCCCGGAGGAGGAGCAGGCAACCAAGCAGUUUCUUGAAGAGAUUAACAAGUGGACAGUUCAGUACAAUGUUUCCCCCCUCUCUUGGAAUGUGGCUGUCAAGUUCCUCAUGGCCCGGAAGUUUGAUGUACUACGCGCCAUAGAGUUGUUCCACUCCUACAGAGAAACACGAAGGAAGGAAGGCAUUGUGAAGCUGAAACCUCAUGAGGAACCUCUCCGUUCUGAGAUCCUUAGUGGGAAAUUCACCAUCUUAAAUGUUCGGGACCCAACAGGAGCCUCCAUUGCCCUCUUCACUGCCAGAUUGCAUCACCCCCACAAGUCAGUCCAACAUGUGGUACUUCAGGCUCUGUUUUACUUGCUAGACAGAGCUGUGGAUAGCUUUGAAACUCAGAGGAACGGACUGGUGUUUAUCUAUGACAUGUGUGGUUCUAAUUAUACCAACUUUGAGCUGGAUCUUGGCAAGAAAGUUCUCAACCUGCUGAAGGGAGCGUUUCCUGCUCGUUUGAAAAAAGUACUGAUUGUGGGAGCGCCAAUAUGGUUCCGAGUGCCCUAUUCCAUCAUCAGCCUCCUCCUGAAGGACAAAGUCCGGGAGAGGAUUCAGAUAUUAAAGACAUCUGAGGUCACCCAGCACCUGCCCAGGGAGUGCCUUCCAGAAAACCUGGGUGGGUACGUCAAAAUUGACCUCGCGUCUUGGAAUUUCCAGUUCCUGCCCCAGAUGAAUGGCCACCCAGACCCCUUCGAUGAGAUCAUCCUGUUCUCCCUCCCUCCUGCCUUAGACUGGGACUCAGUACAUGUUCCAGGCCCCCAUGCCAUGACCAUCCAAGAGCUGAUGGACUAUGUUAGCACCAGGCAAAAGCGAGGGAUAUAUGAGGAGUAUGAAGACAUUCGCCGUGAGAACCCUGUUGGGACUUUCCACUGUUCUAUGUCUCCAGGAAACCUAGAGAAGAACCGCUAUGGGGAUGUACCCUGCCUGGACCAAACUAGAGUGAAAUUGACCAAACGAAGUGGUCACACUCAGACAGAUUACAUCAAUGCCAGUUUCAUGGAUGGCUACAAGCAGAAGAAUGCUUACAUUGGUACGCAAGGCCCUUUGGAGAAUACCUAUCGUGAUUUCUGGCUCAUGGUAUGGGAGCAAAAAGUCCUGGUGAUUGUCAUGACCACCCGGUUUGAGGAGGGCGGCAGGAGAAAGUGUGGCCAGUACUGGCCAUUAGAAAGAGACUCUCGGAUCAAAUUUGGCUUCCUCACGGUGACCAAUCUAGGCGUGGAGAACAUGAACCAUUACAAGAAAACAACGCUAGAAAUUCACAACAUAGAGGAGCGGCAGAAACGCCAGGUGACCCACUUUCAGUUCCUGAGCUGGCCAGAUUAUGGUGUCCCUUCCUCGGCAGCUUCUCUCAUCGACUUCUUGAGAGUAGUCCGGAAGCAGCAGAGGCUGGCUGUCAGCAGCAUGGCAGCGCGCUCCAAAGGGCAGUGCCCUGAACCACCCAUUGUCGUCCACUGCAGCGCAGGCAUAGGCAGGACAGGUACCUUCUGCUCACUGGACAUCUGCCUGGCACAGCUGGAGGAGCUUGGCACCCUUAACGUGUUCCAGACGGUGUCCCGCAUGAGGACCCAGAGGGCCUUCAGCAUCCAGACCCCUGAGCAGUACUAUUUUUGCUACAAGGCAAUCCUGGAGUUUGCAGAGAGGGAGGGCAUGGUGCCCUCCAGUCACAACCUCCUGGCCAUGGAGGGUCAGUAACUGUCCCACGAUCCUCCUACAUGCUGGCCAGCCUUCCUUAAACUACCCUGGACACCGCUGAGCCUAUAGGUUGCCAUCAGUUAUGCUGAAGCAAUGGACCAACCUCUUCCUCGUGUCUCCUGGCGCACUCGUGCACACAAGGCAGCCUUUCCCUUUGGCUAGAUAGUUGUGGUGAAAUUGCCACUCGAAGGGUCCAGUAGCAAUGUGUUCUUAAUUCCCAGCACCUGCUAUCGAACUGUGCCUUAUUAAAACCAAAUUGUGGCUAUUGGUUUUUGCCAGGGGCCCCGAGGUAAGUGGGGAAGGAAACUCCCUCCCCCCUUUCCCAAUGCCGUUCCCCUUCUCAAGGUCUCUUUCCCAUUCCUUCCCUUUGCUAGGAUUUGAUGGGGAGGUUUGGUGAGCAUCCACCUUCCUUCCCAGAGAGCUUGACCAAGUUACAUACUCUAGAGAACGUCCCGAGUGCCAAGCACGUUUAUACCUAGGGCGUGUAUUCUAGUCUUUUCUGUCAUUCUGUGUGUAUGUGUGUGUGUAUGCGCGUGUGCGCACGCACUUAUGUGUAUGGGUCCAUAUGUAUGUGUGUAUAUAAUAUAUAUUGUAUGUGAUAAUAUGGUCGUAUUCUAUAAAUACAUAUACACAGAGAUACUCCUUUGUAGACUUUCCUGGGGCUCCGUGUUGCAGUUCAGGACUCUUUGCUUCUUGGACCCUACUGUUUAUCCUGGACGAGCUGGGGCUGGGGAUCAUGUCUCUUGUCAGACGCCAGAGUGGUGAAGAGGACACACACAUAUAUUCAUCCCUCAUGCUCCUGCCACAGGCCCUCAUUCUUACAUAAUGACUUAUCUCUUUCCAGGAUAUUGGAGCUGAGAAUUCUGAUUUGUGGUGACACUGGUUUAACUCAGCAUGAAUUGCCCUUAUCUAAUGAUUUUAUUCUGUUUACUUUGCCAAUUUGAGGAAUAGACCUCCACUGUGACUCCAGACCCCUCUUCACUCUUUCUGUCCCUUGGAGCUUGGGGUCUGGGAGUAAAGAUGAGCAGUCAGAGCCGAGAGCAAUUGGUACGAAGUCUUAGAAGAAAGGAGAGGGAGCCCAGGUGUGAGAGAGAGAGAAAACAACUAUGAGAAUCCCUCCUUAGAAUGAACUGGGGCCCCUACUUAUUUUGCUAGAAAGUUCCUUUUCUUAUGUAACUUGGCCCUGUCCACUUAAAUGCCCAUCUCCUCCUGCCUAGCAGCCUACCCUGGAGCUUAGGCUUGGUGGGCUCUGUGUCAAUAUAAUGCUUAACCCCUGGCUGGCUAGGGCAGUUGCCUGCAAUCACUGUUUGCCCCCUAUUCACCCAUCCUGUCCCUGUCUGCUCCCAGCCUGCCCAGCCUGAUGUGCCAGGGAUGGAAUCAAGAGUCCCCAGCACUCCACAUUCCCAAGAAAAUCCCAGGAACCCCUAAACCUUCUAUCCCAGAUGAGGUUGGCAGCUGAUCAGACCUCAAUAAUUUUAUACUGUAAUAAUAAGCUCUUUGAAUGUAUAUAUUCUUAUUUUUACAAUCUUUUCAUUUUGUAUUUAACAUCAAUGGACUGAGUCAGAUUCAGAAAAUAAUUGUAAAUGUUCAUAUCAAUAUCUUAUAGCGAUACAGUUUUGUAUUUACAUAUAAAUAUACCAACAUGAUCAAACCC